AUGGAGGGGAGCAGCGACAGCCCCCUGCCCAAAACCACCAGCACCUACAGCUUCCCAGACACCAACUCCACCACCACGUCCUAUGAGAGCGCUGAGGAGACCCAGGACGACCUGGAGAACCCGGUGCUGACCUCCCAGAUAACUCAGAGCCAGCGCUUUGGUGGGGCAGGUAGCGCCAUCGAGGGGUCCAGGUGCAUCAGGUUGGGACCGGACGCAGGUUCAUCCAGAAGUGUGAGUAACAUGGAACUGACUGUGGAGAGGGAGGAGGAGGGGGACAUGGGGAGAGUCUUCCGGUCUCUGAGCAGGAGGAAGAGUAGCUAUUCUGUCUCUCUGCUGAAGAGUUACAGUUCCAAAAUAUCUCUUUCCAGAAGGACGUCCUCCACUAGCUCCACUGUCAAGCCCUGUCCUCCCAUCCACCCUACCUACAUGAAGAUCACCACCAGGCAGCUGACCUCACCCAUAGGCUCACCAAGCCAGAGCCCUCGUAGGACGGAGCCAGGCUCUGGGGCAGAAUUUGGGGGCCACAAGCCCCAGGGAUGGAGAACCCCCAGGCAUAGGUCCUGCAGUAUCGCCGGGCCUUUCAGUCAUUCUGCAGACUGGACCAAGGAUCUGGAAGGCCUCAGAUUGAGGCAUGAGGCCACCACUGACCUCCGGGAGCAUGGGGGGUCAGAGAGAGGCUUUCCAGGGGCGAGUCUGACCCUAUGCACCAGACAAUGCCUCUCAGCUGUCCAGACCACUACCACAGGACCCUAUCAAGAUGUCUUCUCUGGUCUCGCCCUGUUGGAGCGUCUAUGUCUGCAGGAGGGGGAGGGAGCGAACGAUGAGGCGGAGAGAUUGUGUUGUCGUAUGAUGGGCCUGGGGCUGCUGCAGCCCCUUAGUGACAUUUUCAGAGAGCAGCAUGAAGACAUUGUCAGUCCAGUCACAGCCACCUUUAAUGAGGACCAGCUAUAUACCUGGGCUACUUUUGGCCUGCCCUUCCACCUCUGGGUGCCCCAUGAAGGGCAUACCCCAGGCCGCAUCAAGGCCUUGUGGCCCCCUCCACAGCCAGCUCAGAAUUCAUCAAAGUCAGGGAAUCUGUCACAAGAGGAUAAUGGCAGUGAUAUUCCAGGGCUGGAGCAGAUCAUCAAUGACUUGAGGAUAAAGAUUGCAGCACUGGAAAUACAGCAUGCAUCUCUGGAGAUGGAGGUCCACUCUAAGGAGAGUGGGGAUAGGGACAAUACUGUGGCCUUAGGGGGUGUCAACCACACAUGGAAGAAGAGGAUGGAGGUGUCCGUACAGACAUCACCUGUGAAGGAGGGCUUUAGAUUUGAAGUGCCUUUCAAGGGAGGGUCAAUCCCCUCAGCCUCUGUCCCACUGAUCUCCUCCUCCUCCCUCCCCAACCCUGGCUUUGUCUGUAUCUGCCAACAGCAGCAGCAGAGUGGUACCCAGCCACCACCUCCCCCCACCCCAGAUAUACCCCCUCCUCUUCUUCCUCCUCCCCCUCAUCCUUUACCUCAGCUCUCUGGAGGGCCAACACCACCCCCUCUCUCUGGUGGGGCUGGUCCUCCUCCUCCCCUUCCUCCUCCUUUACCUGGUAUGUGCAGAACCUGUCCCCCACCUCCACCCCCUCCCCUGCAGAGCUUUGGACCUCCACCCCCUCUACCAGGUAUGGGCCCCCCUCCUCCGCCCACACCCCCCAGCAGUGGACCUCCAUCUACCCCAGGCUUUGGCCCUCCUCCCCCUCCCGGAGGUUUCAUGGCCUCCAUGGCCCAGGAGGCUGGACCCCAGAAGGCCCCCAUCGAGCCCCCCAAGCCCAUGAAGCCUCUCUACUGGACCAGGAUCCAGCUGCAUUCUAAAAAGGAUGCGAGUGGUUCUCUGGUCUGGGAGAAGAUCGAGGAGCCAUCAGUGGAUUUUGAUGAGUUUGUCGAGUUAUUCUCCAAAAGUGCUAUGAAGGAGAAGAAGAAGCCAAUAUCAGACACCAUCACCAAGUCCAAGGCCAAACCGGUACUGUACAUUGUGUCCAUUCUCAACAUGGACAACACUGUAGUGGACCUUGAGACCUUGCAAUCGCUGUAUAGCAAUAGAGCCCAGCAAGAUGAGAUGGAGAAGAUUGAGAAGCACAUCAAAUCAUCCAAAGGCAAGAAUGACGCAAAGCCAUUGGACAAGCCUGAACAGUUUCUCUUCCAGUUGUCCCAAAUCCCCAAUUUCUCAGGAAGGGUGUUUUGCAUCCUCUUUCAAUCAACCUUUGUUGAAUGUAUCUCCUCCAUCCUCCGGAAAGUAGAAAUCCUUCAGAGAGUGUGUAUGACUCUGCAGAGUGCUCAGUGUGUGUUGCAGGUGCUAGGCCUCAUCUUAGCUUUUGGGAACUUCAUGAACGGAGGGAACCGAUCGCGUGGGCAGGCUGACGGCUUCACUCUGGAAAUCCUGCCAAAACUCAAGGACGUCAAGAGCAGUGAUAACUGUCAGAGUCUUUUGUCAUACAUCGUUGCUUACAAUCUAAGGAACUUUGAUGAGGAUGCCGGUAGAGAGACCUGUGUCUACCCUCUCCCUGAACCCCAGGAUCUCUUCCAGGCCUCUCAAAUGAAGUUUGACGACUUUCAGAGAGACCUACGCAAGCUAAGGAAAGAUCUUAAUGUAUGCUCGGCCGAGACAGAGAUGGUCAACCAGGUCUCUUCUGAAGAGCACUUGCAACCCUUUAAGGAGAAGAUGGAGGAAUUUCUGAGUGAAGCAAAAACUGAUCUGGAGGCACAAGAAACACAACUAGAGAACACUCAUAAAAUUUUCUUGGAGCUGAGCGUGUUCUUUUCAGCCAAGGCUAAGGCAGGUGAGAAGGAAGUGUCUCCCAACACGCUGUUCUCAGUGUGGCAUGAGUUCUCCACUGAUGUCAAAGACCUUUGGAAGAAGGAAAACAAACUGAUGUUACAGGAACGACUGAAAAUGGCAGAGGUCUUCAAUCAAGCCAGAGAGAAGGCCUCGUACAGCAUCAAACCCAAACAGUCUUCUGGAAUAAAAGCCAAACUGGGUCAGAAGAUCUGA